CACAAUUGUUUCUACAAAUUCAUUGGAGCCCUUCUCCCAUUCCCAUAAGAGUUUCAAUCUCCCAUGUGUAUAAAUAUAAACAUAUUUCAUUCUAUCUCAUAAUUAAGAACAACUUCAAUUCACCUUGGUAUAGCUUGAAUUCACAACAUGAUAUCAUUUACCAUGUCAUCGUGGUUGGAAGUUAUAAGUAUGAAAAUCGAGCUCACUUUCACAGUUAUUACUUUGUUAGCCAUUUCAUUCGCUGUUUUACUUCACAAGUCCCGGAAGACAACAUCACGAUUGCCUCCGGGACCUUGUGGUUUACCAUUGCUAGGGUACCUUCCAUUUCUUGGCCCCAACUUGCACCUUGAAUUCACAAAAAUGGCUAAACGUUUUGGCCCCAUUUUCAAACUCCAACUAGGAAGUAAAACCUACAUCAUCGUCAACUCCUCAGACCUUGCUAAAGUUGUCGUCAACGAGCAUGAUGAUAUCUUUGCCAACCGAGACCCUCCGGUGGCUGCGCUAAUCCUUUCAUAUGGUGGAAAAGAUAUAACGUGGUCUGAUAACAACCCAUAUUGGCGUAACAUGCGUAAAGUGUUUGUGCAUGAAGUAUUGAGCAACAAGAAUCUUGAAGCUUCAGGGUCUUUCCGGCGAGCUGGAGUGAGAAAAACCAUCAAGCAUGUGUACGAAAGAAUGGGAACGGAGGUAGACUUUGGUGGGAUCGCGUUCUCUACGUCUCUCACAGUGAUAAGUAGCAUGGUAUGGGGGAAAAGUGUGGAUGAAGAGGAAGAAAGUAGUGAUAAUCUUUGGGAUGGAUUCCGAGAAGUGAUGUCAGGGGUAAUGGAUAUUGUGGGAGAGGCGAACGUGUCGGACUUUUUUCCGGUGCUGACGAGAUUCGAUUUACAAGGAGUCCAGCGAAAAAUGAAGCUGCAAUUUGAGAAGUUCGAUGCGAUCCUCCAGAGGAUAAUCGAUGAAAGAAUGAGCAUUAAACCCCAAGAAUCAACCGAGCAACAUGGAAGAAAAGAUUUCGUGCAGAUUUUACUAGAGCUUAAACAGCAAAAUACCGAAUCUUCAUUUAGCCUUACGCAAAUAAAAGCUUUUCUCGUGGAUUUUUUUAUCGCAGGCACAGACACAACAACAGUAAUGGCCGAAUGGACAAUGACGGAGGUAUUAAAGCAUUCAGACGUAAUGAAAAAGAUACAAGAGGAACUAGAACGUGUUGUAGGAGAACACAACAUUGUAGAAGAAUCUCAUCUUCCAAAACUAUGUUACCUAGAUGCAGUGAUUAAGGAAACAUUCCGUUUACACCCUGCACUUCCAUUGUUGGUAGUUCGAUCUCCGAGUAAAUCGUGCACUGUUGAUGGAUACAAAGUUCCAAAGGGUUCGAAUGUGUAUUUGAAUGUCUGGGCAAUACAUAGAGAUCCUCAAUAUUGGGAGAAUCCUUUAGAAUUUGAUCCAAAUAGAUUUCUAAACCUCGAUGGAACAACAAAGUUUAAUUAUAAUGGACUGAAUACAAACUUUCUUGCUUUUGGAUCUGGUAGAAGAAGGUGUCCAGGGCUUCCCUUGGGCGAGAAGAUGCUCAUGUAUCUUUUGGCUUCAUUGUUGCACUCGUUCAACUGGACUUUGCCUGAUGAGAAAGAGCAUGAGCUUCCGGAUAAAUUUGGCGUUGUCUUGAAGAAAGGAAAUCCACUCAUAGCUAUUCCUUCUCAGAGGUUCGCACGCAAUAAUCUUUACAUGUAAUAGAAACACUUAGGUUGCAUGCAUGGUUAUUUCCCUAAGUAAACAUAAGAAUAAGAUAGCAUAGCAAAGUCCUGCUGCCCUUUAUCAUUAUCUAAUAAGGAGGCCUGUCCAUAGCCUUUUCAUGCAACGGCCAAAUGGAUUUAUUAUGCCCCUGUAUUUGUAUUGUGCAAUAUAACGAAACAUUAAAUAAGAAUUGAGAAUUGAUGUUUAUACGUCAAUUAGGAGAUG